AUUUCAAGGCAGAAGAUAAAGUUGAAGUAUAAAUUAAAUUCACUGAGACGGAAUAGUCUAUGAAGAAACCAUGCAGCGGAGGAUAGUGGCCGUUUGUAUCGCUUUCGCCUUUGCUGCGGUAGUUACAUUGACCAAGCAGCAUACGCAGUCUACAAACGUCAGUGUUAUACGACAGUCAUUUUCAGUCACAAUUUCAGACUUGAAUCUUCUUUGCAUUUCUUUAAUUUAAUAUUGUAAAUUUUUCGUUGUUUUAUUCUCAAACAGGUGUUGAAAAGAGACAACUAUGAACACGCUAACUAUGGAAACUUCAAGGGGUUCUUCAACUACGCACUGAAUAUUUCCAACAGGCUGGCCUCACUUAACGUUAAGAAUUUUGCGGAGUGUUCCCUUGAGUGCAUCAUCAAUGCGGCGUGCUAUUCAUUUAAUAUAGCCAUUUGGUCUUUGAAGAACUCGAACAGUUUUGCAUGCCAUCUGCUGGCCUCAGACAAAUACAACCAUUCCAGUAAAUUUGUGCCAAGUCAGGAAUUUCAUCACUACGCCUUUGUAGUAAGUUUCAAUUCACAGUGCCUUGCCAUGCUUUUCGAGUUAUUCGUAGAUCACCUGCACGUCGCUAGAGGGUAGAUCCAGGGAGAACGUGAUCAGUUAGCUUAAAAGUACUGUUAUAAAUGCUCUUGUUAUACCUUUUCUUUCGGCAGUUUUCAAAAACACCAAGUCAGUCACUUUUUCAAUUUACAAUAAGCGACAGUUGAAGUGCGUUUUGUCCCUUUUAUCAAAAGCUUGGAGCUGAUGUAGUGCUUGACUCGAAUCGAACUAAAGCUCAUUUUAACUGGCAUCAGAAGAGACCUUUUUGUGGCAAAGAGUUUUGUUUUAUGUUUUGCCGCUGAAAGAGUCGGAUUCUUUCUUAUUACGGCUUGGGAUGUGCUCCUGAUACUUUUUUGCCAUCAUAGCCUUUUGAUCGGCUGAAAUCCUUCUUUACCAGGAUCUUAUAUGCUUAAACUUACAGUGUCGUUCUUAAUUCUUCAUGGUUCUCAUUCUCAGUGCCUACAGAAAGAAAUCUCUGCACGUUUAUUCUUAAAUCAUUUAUAGCACAGUUUCAACGCAGUGUCCGAGUUGUUGAAAAUCUAUAAAACAAGUCAGUGAAAGUCAAAUUAACUAGAAGGCAAAAUUCAAAGCUGCAAACAUCCAGUUGUGCAUCGGCAAACUUUGAAGUGUUUUCAUUCUUAAUUUUGGAAUUCUGUAGUGGUAGAACCAUGCAGCGUACGGGAGGUUGCAUUUUUCGGAGAUGACUAAAUAAAAUGAAAGCCUGUGUGCAGAAAACAAUUUGCUGCAAGUUUGGGCUUUAGAAAAUGUACUUGAACUAACAAGGAACUUUUUUGCAAAGAUCACAUUUGGUUUUAUCGCAUUAAAAACAAUCCGUAGGCGCUGGUGCAUCAAUGGCUAUUGGAGAAUCCGUCCUUCCCUUGGAGGUUGCUAGGAUUUUUUCAAGAAUUUUCGUUCUUCGAUAAGUAGAAAUAAUAGAAAUAAUGAUAUUUGGAAGGAAAGGCUCUCUUAGUUUGGAGGGCUUCUUCAAAACGUAUAUUAACACCUUUGGCUGAGGGUAAAUUAGAAUUAGGGUUAUUUAUAAAUUUGUAUAUUAGCGUGAUAUACUUUAGGGUAUAAAGUGCGGUGAUAUCUUCCAAGAAUUUUUAAUAUCCCAGUUGUGACUUUUCCACAGAGUCCUUGUGAAAGCUCUCCAUGCAAAAAUAAUGGAAGAUGUGUGUCUCUGUACAAGGAAAACAGUUAUGUGUGCCUCUGCGGUGAUGGGUUCUCUGGAAUUUACUGUGAGAUAGGUAAGAUAUGACAAACACAUCCUUUAACCUUCCGUAGCUACUUAAUUGUUACAGCCAAAUACAGAGCGGCUCAGAUGACGGUUCUCUCAGUCAGUAUUCAGUCAUCACCUGUUUACAGGCAAACUUAUUAAUAUAUAAUUAAUAUCAAUCUCAUACGGAACGCUCGAUGAUGUAGGUUACCACAACACGUCUUAACAUUCAAUAUUAGGGAGCUUAAGCAACGACGACGGCAACAAGAACGGCAAAAAAGCAAUAGGUUUAGAUUGGCAAAACAACAACUUUGCACGUGCAUCACGCUUUAUUGUACCUUUCUUUGCCGUCGUUGCACCACUACGACGUGAAAUUGCCAAAUUUCACGUUUUGUAGAAGACGUGAACACAAGACAACGACUUCCUUUUCCUUUUUCUGAACUUUGAUAGUCUUUUAGCAUUCAACUCCAGAAAAAUUCGCCAACAUUUCACGAAUUGAACGAACACUUCAGAAACACAACUGAAUCCGUUUGCUUUAAUUGAAAAGAAGCUGCUUGGUCCUUAACGAAGAAGAAAGAAAACAAGAAAGAAAAGCUAACACAAUCAUUACACUUGACGGUGGAAAUGACAAGAAGGUCGAAUUAUAACUUAAUCCCAGAAACUUUGCACAAACAAAGUCACUGCCGAAACCACAAAGCGGCUCUAAAUAAAAAACCUACCGACUCUCCGCAAUGACUCUUCGUGAUCAUUCGUAGUUCAAUUUAACAACUCAUAGUUUCGAAGACAAGGGCAAUUUUGCUGGUUACGGGAUAAAGAUUGUCGACACUUUUUAUUUCCACGCAAGCAUGCCAAGCAAGUGAUCCGCUGAAUGUCAAACGAACAUCCCGCUAAAAUUCUCAUAAUUAUACAAGAUGAUGCGAAUGUUUGGGCAAUCAACAAAUCAAAAUCACUACCCGGUUUUCGGGUAGUGACUUCACUGGACGGCAUUAACGGCUGGUCGAUUCAGACGUUGAUGAGAGGUCGGAGAGAGGAGAAAACGACUCGACGUAAUCGUUUGAAAUUUCACGCUACCGUGUUCCGGCAUGCGAAAACAAACAAGCGAGUAAUAAAAACAAGUAAAUAAUGACCUUUAGGAAGCGAGUCGCAAAGAUUCACCAUGAAUUCAAACUUAUAACAGUAACUCAGCAAUUUUCAAUGCAGUUUGAAUUUUUUUUCGCUAAUAAAUAGAAUUUUUACCUGUCAGUUGUCUGUGCGCCUACUUAGUCUACUUAUUUUACAGGAGCAACGGGUUUGAUAGCGAAGCUUCUAGUUCUUCCUGAAAGUUCUGUUCUAGUCUUGGGCCACUGAUAUUCCUUGGCACAGCUAAGUUUAACUUAAAUUACCUAACUUAAAGAAAAUUAAUUAUUUAGUUUAGUCCAAGGUAAUCUGACAAGUACGUAUUUCAACUGCUUUACUCUUUUACUCUCAUAUAUUUUACAUACACAACCUUUGAGAUGGACACAUGAUGCAUGAUUCUACUGGACAGAGGCUCCCGCUGGGAAAGAAUGAGUGACGUAUUAAGCGCAGUGCCCGUUGACGAUGGGAAGAUGCAAAAAAACCUCUUUCCCCUCUAACAAGCCUCCCUACGACGCAAAGAGGCCUCCGAAGAAAAUAAAUAGCCACGAGAAAAGAGAUGAUCCUAUUAUUUUUCCGCCAUUUUUUUUUUUUUUUUUUCAGACCACUGGAAGCAGAUGACAACUUCUCCAGUUUGUUUCGGAGCAUCAGCCGACUCUUUUGGACGCUUUGUAGCUCCAAUCGCAGGUGAUUUGCUAACAUUCAAGCUUAUAUAUCAAAAUGGAUCUGUAGAGUGUGCAGCAGGUUCGUCAUCACAUUGGGGUUGUACUUAUCCGGAAAUGGCUCAAGAUCACCGACUUGGAACCAUCAUUACCAAUUCCCAGAGUGUACGACUUCUUCCAAAAGAUUACUAUUUUCUGAAAGGAGUCCCUUGUCGCAGUCACUUUUAUGGCCUUCCAGGUCAAACCGUUGACUCACCAGAGCUGCUGUUUGAUAACUUUUCCACUCCUUUAAAUGUAUCGUUAGGGGAAGAAUUCCAGAUAUGGUUCACAGAAGAUUUAUAUAAAUGCGGUUAUGCAGAUAAUGGGCUGGGAAAGACAUGUGUUUUAGUAUUUGGGCUUUUUGUUUAAUUCAGGCCAUCCUCCUAUAAAAAAAAACCUCUUCGACCAGGGGGCACCAAGACAACUAAGCGCUUCCUGCGUUUCAAACCUUUCUGCAAUCGCUUUUGAAGAGCCAAAUAAAUUAAGAAAACUAAAACUGUACAUGCCUUAUUAUCAAUACGACAGUGCAGUUAUAUCAAUAACUAAUGUUAGAAUACAUUUAUAUAAAACUUGAACAAACUGCGCGUAAUGUUAGAAAGUUGUAGUCAAUUCACUUUAGUUUGAGGUGAUUUUUUCCCAAUGAUCUUUCGCUACUAAUAUUGAACUGAGCUGGAUGGUAUGAUUGUAGAGCUUAGUUCGCGUAAUCACAAAUGACUCGGUUAGACUAGAAGAAGAACAACUAUAAGUUUGCAUUUUUAAUGUAAUUUAAAGUUUCAAUCAGGAAAAACCUACACGGUGUAUAAAAAAUAAGACCAUAAAAUCACCUGAGCAAAGAACAGACCUUCUUGCCUUUUCACGGACCAAUACAGUUGAUUCACACACAGUAUUUAAAAAAAACAUGACAGGAAAACGAAAUAUAAGGGGUGCUCUAUUCAAAAAAGACUGGACAGCCUCUUUUAACAUGCAGGCAAUUGAAAAAACGUCUGAAUUUUACUUUCAUUCUUACGUGAAAUGAUUCAAUUUAUUCAGCCGUGGUUUCUGAAGAAAGAGAGGAUCAAGUUAGGUUUCUGGGAAACUACCCACCUAAGAGCUACAUGUACCAGUUCCAGUUUUAGGCUAUUUAUGACCUUUUUCGUCAUAAAUAUAUAUCAUUAUCACUCUGUUGCAAUUCGUCGGUUUAAACUUGAACGUGCUCCGUUUGCAAGGCAAAUGGAUGUAACUGACAAUUGAAAGCAAUAUCCCCACCAUCCAGACCCCGGUUUCAAAAGUUGUAUAGCGCCAUUAUCUACCGUAAGCUCUAUCCUAUGGAUGAGCCUCUAAAACAAAUUGGAUUUCUCCUACUUAUCCGGUGGAUAGCACUAUCUAUCUUUUGAACAAUACUAGGACAAGAAUGUCCAUAAUGAUUUCCCCUUAAACUUCCAGAGUCAAGCUAUGUAAAUAAGCAGAACAUAUGUUUUUACCUUUUGAGAAAGUGGACAAAAUCUUAUGUUGUUUUGUAAUCUUGGAAGUGCAUGGAAGGGU